AUGAAAGGGUGGAUGCUGGUGAUGGUGUGGAUGGUCCAGGCUGAAGCUGACGUGUGUCCUGAUGCCUGCACAUGCUCCAGCAAGUCCAAGACCCAAGUGGACUGUCACAAGAGAGGACUUGGCUCUUUCCCCUCCCAGCUGCCUGCAGAUGCUACGCUGCUCAAAGUGGGUGAAAAUGGCAUCAGAGAGCUGCCGGCCAACAUUCUGGGAUCAGUUCCGAGGAUCGAAAGUGUCUUUUUGGAACACAAUGCCAUCAAGUCCAUCCAUCGCCAAGCUCUCUCGAGCGCAAAGACGCUGGCGCUCCUGAACCUUCACAACAACCACAUCAAGUACCUCCCGCCAAGGGGAUUCAAGGAUCUCUUAAACCUUCGCUUCCUCAUGUUGGGUCAGAACCAGAUAGGCUCGCUCAAACCCAACAUGUUCAUCGGCAUGAGGAACCUCUCAGAGCUCGAUCUCCCCGAAAACGCCCUGACACUGCUGGCGCCAAAUACCUUCAAACCUCUGAUUGCCCUCAAGGUCUUGGAUCUUUCCCUGAAUCGCAUCCAGGUGAUUUCUCCGAAGGCCUUCACGGGUUUACGACAACUCAUGUUCCUCAACCUGGACAACAACAGUCUGAGAAGUCUUCCUGCUGGGGCCUUCAAGCCGUUGAGCUCUCUGGAGAUGCUGGUUCUCGACAACAACCUUCUGUCGUCGCUCAGCAACUUGAUGUUGAGUGGCCUGAGCGUGCUGCAGGAACUCUACCUGAGGAACAACGAUCUGGAUCACCUGCCAGCUGACGUUUUCAAGGACAUGGCAAAACUUUCUCAACUGGGUCUGAGCGGAAACCGCCUGAAGGCGCUGGACGGAAACCUGCUGGCCCAAAUCCCCUACCUGAAGAAGUUGCACCUCCACGACAAUCCAUGGCUGUGUGACUGCAAGGUGGUCCGGUUGGUGCGCUGGAUGAGACGCACCAACGUCACCCUCUCACCUCGGGAGGCCUUGAAGUGUCAGAGUCCCCCGGACUUGCGGAAGAAGACCCUGAGCAGCCUCCAGGAAUCCAAGCUGCUUUGCCGCCGCACCUGAACUCCUAACAACUAUUGUUUUUACUGAUGGGGAGGAGACCCUGCCCCCAAGUGGAGGAGUUCAAGUACCUAGGAGUCUUGUUCACGAGCGGGGGAAGAGUGGAUCGGGAGAUCGACAGGCGGAUCGGUGCGGCGUCUUCAGUAAUGCGGACGUUGUACCGAUCCGUUGCGGUGAAGAAGGAGCUGAGCCGGAAGGCAAAGCUCUCAAUUUACCGGUCGAUCUACGUUCCCAUCCUCACCUAUGGUCAUGAGCUUUGGGUCAUGACCGAAAGGAUAAGAUCACGGGUACAAGCGGCCCAAAUGAGUUUCCAGGUCUCUCCCUUAGAGAUAGGGUGAGAAGCUCUGCCAUCCGGGAGGAACUCAAAGUAAAGCCGCUGCUCCUUCACAUGGAGAGGAGCCAGAUGAGGUGGUUCGGGCAUCUGGUCAGGAUGCCACCCGAACGCCUCCCUAGGGAGGUGUUUAGGGCACGUCCAACCGGUAGGAGGCCACGGGGAAGACCCAGGACACGUCUCUCGGCUGGCCUGGGAACGCCUCGGGAUCCCCCGGGAAGAGCUAGACGAAGUAGCUGGGGAGAGGGAAGUCUGGGUUUCCCUGCUUAGGCUGUUGCCCCCGCGACCCGACCUCGGAUAAGCGGAAGAUGAUGGAUGGAUGGAUGGAUGGAUGUUACCCCAUCCUGCUCACGUGAAGAUAUCACCACCCUAUUUUUUUUUAGUAGAGGAAAAGAAGUAAAAAGCAGCGUUUGUCAUUGGGCUAAGUGUGAGAUUAUUUUUUUAUAAUCGCAUAUUGCUCGUCUGCGUAGGUUUUGGAAAGUGAAAGAUGACUUACGGCGGGAUUACAUUAAUCCAAUUUCAACUUGAGUGGUUUCUGUAAUCUUUUUAGGCCGCGCCAGACUCGAAUGCUGCACACGGACAUAAUAGUAGCAAUAAGAUGAUAAUGUUGUCAAAUAGCACUACCCUGGCAAAAGUCAGUUUCCCACCUAGGCUUCCAGUGAUUAUAAAGUUAAAGUGCCAAUGAUUGUCAUGCGCAUACCAGGUGUGGCAAAAUUACCUCUGCAUUGGACCCUGGAUCACCCCCUGGGAGGCAGGUUCAAACACUGAUGACAUUUAUUAAACAGACAAGAAGCAAGGAAUCAUGCAGAGACAGAGUUCAAUUCAGCUCAAUGAGGAGAGAUAGUUACUCUAAGGUCCAGUCCCACGUGCUCCUCUAUUCAUUUGGGAGGUCCCCCGGUUACAUCACUAAGGCUUCUUCUGAAGGAAGGGGGGUAAUUUUAGCAGCCUCAGUUAGACACAUCCAUCCAUUUUCUUCCGCUUAUCCCAGGGGGCAGCAGC